AUGAUUUCAGAUGUGACGCUCGCAGCGCUGGCCAACUGGCUCGGUAGUCUGACCAUGGUCCUCAUCGUUUUCUACCACGUGAGUCGAUGUGCACGCAGCAGCGCGCGCCCCCCAGAGUUUCCAGCACAAAAGCGCAUUUGUGGUGCACACGUCCGACGCCAUGGCCUCAAAAAAGGGACUUGGGCAAGUGGUGACUCUCUUUCUGUCGUCUCGUCCCUUUGA